AUGUACAGUCAAAUACCAUUACCUCGAUAUUCAAGGGACAGCAAAAACUGCAUCGACGUAUUUGUAGUUCGUCAGAAUCCACCUCAACCGACAGACGCUGCAAUAACAAAACCGUUUUGCAAGUUUCCAAACGUUGCAAAUGAAAAAUUCAUAACUGUAGUGUCAACACAGUUUGAGAUAGGAACAACGCUUCGCUUUACAUGCGAUACAGGAUUUACAGCCUCAGACUCAGGUGAUAGUGUCACUUGUCAAGAUAAUCAUCAAUGGAGUGCGGAGCCAUUAUGCCAAGAUAAUUCUAACGCUUCCAGAAGCAAUGCAGUGUCAGCAUCAAUGAUAGCUGUUUACGUAUGUUUGUCGAUAUUUGUGGCAAUCGUAUCUGCGAUUGUUGUCAUAUUCAUGAGGUAGUGUGUUACAAGGAUAAGAAUUGUACAUAAACCAAAUUUUGUUUCGCAUACAUCAGUCAUUGCCGCAGUUAUCUUCUCAUCUAACAAUAUUUGUUAAACCGUAAGUUAAUAACUUUGACAAUGUUUGAAUUUAUAUUUGUAUUGCUUGAAACACUGACUGAAUGUUGAUUUUCCAUCUUAUUGACCAGAAAAAGAAGACAUCCGUGUAGAGGAUGGAAGAGAUUGAAAGAA